AUGGGUAAAAACAAAAGCAGCGGCGGCGACAAAAAGGGCAAAGACAGCGGCGGCGGCGGCGGCGGCGACAAGAAAGGCCUCAAGCCCGCGACGGCGAUCAACGUGCGGCAUAUUCUUUGCGAGAAACACUCCAAGAAAGAAGAAGCGCUAGAGAAACUCCGCAACGGGGCCAAGUUCGAUGAGGUCGCGCGGGAGAUGUCGGAGGAUAAGGCGCGGCAGGGUGGAUCACUGGGGUGGAAGGUCCGCGGGAGCUUGAAUGGGGACUUUGAGAAGGCGGCGUACGAGCUGGAGCCGAGUACGACGGCGAAUCCCAAGUAUGUGGAGGUGAAGACGGGGUUUGGGUAUCAUAUUAUCAUGGUUGAGGGGAGGAAGUAG